UGAUCUCUCUUCGGGUACGUGUGAAUAUUUUUCACACAUUGGGACCCAGGCAUUCAUUUGUCGGUGGAUUUGUCUUACUACAAUUCUUCAUCAAGAAGUUCCUUUUGCUGCUAAAGCUCUCAUUUUCGUUUUCGAAGAUGCCAUUUGUUGCUGGGAGGCGAUGUCUUUCGAUAACACUUCCAUCUUGCCGGCAGUCAUCGCAGAACCUAUCAACGAAGGCUUCAAAGCUCUCUUCUAUGCGUUCUCCAAGUUCUGGUAUUUCCAAAGCGAGUCCAGGGAGGUAAUUAACGAGUACACUGUUUACAAUCGUGUACAGGCACGCAUUGAACUCCUCAAUGACCAAAAGUCGGACGAAUAUCAGGCGCUCAAGCUCUUCAGCAACUAUUUCAAUGACAUGGAGCGGCAUUUUGAAAAUCGCCGCUCAGCUCAUCCCAGAUACAUCAUGGACACUUUUCGUUUCUACGACGCCAAGUCUAAGGUCGAGAGGUUCCUGCCGAUUAUAAAUGCUCAGCUGGCACUUGAGCAGCAACGGGAACAGCAGCCUUCAGCUUUGACACUCGCGAGAGAUAUCCAGGCAUCAGAUUCUCAUGUGACUCAACCAAGCUCUUCUUCCGAGAUAGACUACCGCUGCCAGCCACCAAGUCUUUCUCAGGGUUUAAUCGUUGGUAGAGAUGGCGACUUUACGAGGCUCAAGUCCCUGCUGUUAGACAUGGGAGGCUCUGAAAGGAUUUGUGUUUUUGGCCAGGCCGGCGUAGGAAAAACUCUACUUCUCACUCAGUUGUGUCAAGACACGAAGGUGAGGGGCCACUUUGCUGGGAUCGAGUUUGACAACAGAGAGCCUCUAGAGAUGCUGAUAACUUUGCAAGCAGACAUUCUGUCUCGAUUGACUGGUAGUGACCGGAGGGUGGGGUCUGUUGGAAACGGGCGACGAGAAAUUUUCAACAUCAUAGCUAGGAGCACACUGAAGAGGUACCUGCUAGUUCUGGACAACGUGUGGAAGCAAAACUGGCUACACAUUUGACGGAGGAGAUAGGGAGGGGAAACAAGGUGGUAGCCAUCACAAGGAACGCAGAUAUAUUGCUGGACGAUCACAGGUGGACGGGUGUGACGGUUGGCUCUUUGUCAUACGACGAUUGCUACAAGCUCUUCUGUGUGCAUGCCUUUGGAGAAGACGAGAUUUGAUGCCGAGCUCGUGAAGAAAAUGGUUUGGCAGUGCAGUGGAGUUCCUAAUGCGGUAGAGGUGGUGACCAAGUAUGCGAGACGAAACAAGCACGGCAGCUGAUUGCACGUUUACGAGAAGAUGGCUAGGUGGGAACUUAAUGACGAGUGGAAUGGCGCAUUCCAAGUUUUGCAGCUGAGCUUAUGGACAUGGGGAACGAAGACGCGCAGCUUCUUUUCUUGUCCUUCAUCAUGAUGCGUUACUCGUCAACGAUCGACAUGUUUCACUUCUGCGGGCUUGUCUACGGUCAACAUCACCUUAGGACUAUCCGCCUGGAUUUUCUCUCGACAGACUUCUGGAGCUUGGUGGAUAUGUGAUGUUCGCUUGUGGGAACAUCUCAGGAGCUUGACAAGGCUAGAGUCGCGCUCUGUGAUCCGGGACAACAGAUGCAAACAGGAAGGUGCUGCUGUGGACCUCAGCUUUGUAGGAAGGAUGAUGACACCCGCCAAGUGAAGAACUUUCGGCAUGUUCGGAGCUUACUACUGCUGAAAGUGCUACGACUUCGUCCAUGCGAAGGUGAUAUAUGGACGGACUGGGAUUGCGGCCACGUCAAAGAAAGUUUGGAAGUGUUUGAUCUUAUCCUGGUAGACACACGAGAAUUCAGCAGUGAUGCCGACGAGUCUCUCAGUGGUUCCAGAAUGCUACGGGUGCUACCCCUGAGAAGUCUUCGAGUGACAAGGCUGCCAUCGUCUGCGCGACUUCCCGAGUCUCACGCGCCUGCAAAUGCCACGAGAUGGCUUCCACGCGGCUUUGAAGAGCUUACGAGCUUGAAGGUGCUGGAACUAGACGGGUGUGGAGUGCUAGACGAAGUUCCACGACUGGGCAGGCUUUGCGAUCUCCGGGGGCUAGAACUCACGGGCUGUCCCACAAUGGAGCGCAUCCUAGAAACCAUGACUUCACAAUAAUCACAACAAGGAGGCGGCGACCAGGAACUUAAAAUAUCGGACUGCCGGGACUUUGCUCGCUUCCAGACCAAAGUUGACGAGUUACAGGUAUGUUCUCUGAGCUUUCUAUAUCCGGUUGUGGAAUCGAACCGACUUGGGAGUCUGCCGCUGAACAGAUUAUACAUUUCAGGGUGUGAAAAGCUGCGCAGCAUUUCAGAGAGCAUUCCUACGCUCGAAAGUUUCUCGCUGGACAGGCUGCCACUUUUGCUGGAGAUUGGAGGAACAUCCUGGGCGAAGCUGAAAAAGCUGCACGUCUCAAGCUGCGAGAAGCUACACAAACUUUCGUCUCCCUCGACAUGAAAAGCUCUCGCUAAAAGGCUUGCCAUCUUUGCUGGGGAUGGACGUGCUCGAGAAGCUGGGGGCCUCAGGUUGGAGGAGAUGGCAAAUCUCUCCUCGAGGGUGAUGAAAAAACUGAGUAUUUCGGAGUGUGACAAGCUGCACAAGAUUCCAGCUAUUUCUCCUGGGGAGAUUGGAGACAUGUCUACGGUGGAAAAGCUUGAGAUGGUGGUCAUAUCCGGUUGCCAGAGGCUACUCAGUGUUCCAGCGAAGUUCACGUCUUCCCAGCUUGUGCUCAAGAACUUACCAUCCUUGGUGGAGAUUGGCGACGAAAGUUUCGGCGAUAUCCAGAAGGUUAGCAUCUCACACUGCGAGAAGCUUCCCAGAGUUCCUCUUAUUCCAGGCUCCGGCUGAGCAACUUACCAUCGCUGCUCGAGAUUGCCGAGAGUUCGCCGGUGGCAAUGCAUGUCUCGUAUUGCGAGAAGUUGCCACGAGUUCCUCCCAUGCGGGGGAUCCAGCGGCUUUUCCUGAUGGAUCUACCAUCUUUGGUCGAGAUUGGCGAAGGUUGUAUGGCCACGCUCGAUCGGCUGGAGGUUUCAGGUUGCAAGAAGCUGGACAAACGUCCUUACGCUGGUCUUCUUCUACUUUCAUCACGGAACGAUAUCCAAAUGAUGAUGAAGAGCGAUAAAAAAACACGGAAGAUCUUUAGCACGAGAUUACAGAUUGCAAAUGUUUAUGCGUUUUGCAGCAAGCACGAAGGAGCAAAAGUCAGCAAGUUAGGCUCCACUAUAAAAUCAUGGGCGUAAAUUUCACCCAAAAGCUGACACGAGAAAGAGGAGCACUCGCCUGCGCCUGUGCCCAGUCCACACCACCACACGGCAAAAGUUUCGUUCCGAGUUGCUGUUUGACAAGUCUUUGCAAAGUGUGUGUAGUGAAAUCAAUAUAGACGGUGGAGUACGUGGUUCCAUGCAA